UCUUCACUAAACUGUCCAAGAAUGUCCCGGCGUAGUUUUUACAGCAUAGGAACUCUCGGAAGAUAGACAGUAGCGAAGGAAGUGAAGUAAUCCGAUUUUUCAUUAGUAAUUCGACCUGGUGAGCCUUUCAUUCCGAGAAAUAAAUGCCUGGUUGUAUCGGUGAAAUAGGAAGUGCCGCAGAGAUGAGAAGACACAAGUUUUCGUUUGAUCUUAACAAUUCGAUUGUUCAACUCUUUGUUAACUUUGAAAAAAGAGAGAGAGUCACGUAGAAGUCACGCGUUUACUUAUUUACGUUUAUGAUACCCGGCAUACUGGUGUGGAGACCUGUUGCGAAUAGUUUAUACAUUAUCUGCUUACAAGUAUUGGCAAUAUAUCUUGAAGAGAUAAAAUGGCAUAUCAUAGGGAUAAGUUAGUGUUCGCACUUUUGAAGGCAGACAAAUAUUUUGAUGUUAUGGACAGCUUUCAAAAACUCAAGACUGAUCAGGAGCGUGUGAUAUAUACUCUUAAUAUUAUGUGGGAGAAUGGUUUGAUACCGGAUGCAAUUAAUAAGACAAAGAAUGCCAAAGAUUCUGAGCAACUGCGAGAAGAAGGAAAUAAUAUUUAUGUCACUUGUAAUUCAAAUGAUGUUUCAUGCGUUAUAGCUUUGAAUUUGUAUACAAAGAGCAUAUCCAUGGCACCUUAUCUAUCCUUGGAACUUGCUCUCGCAUAUGGCAAUAGGUCUGCUGUUUUAUAUGUAUUGGGUUUAUACUUAGAAUGCAUUCAGGAUAUCGACAGAGCAUUGGCCUUAAAUUAUCCCGAUGAUCUGAAAGGGAAACUCUUCAUACGCAAAAUGCAAUGUCUAAUCGCAUUGGGCAAACCAAUUGCGGAAGAUAUGAUUAAGGAGACAGAGCAUUGGAUAAGUGAGAUGACCAUGAAUCCCAAUAAACUAAAAAUACAAGCCAAACUGGAUGGAUUGCGCAGGAAGAUCGAGCAGGGAAAUAUUCAGAGCAGUCCUAUUAGAUCAGAAGAAUCAGAAAGUGAAUUUCCUCUGCCUGUUAUCAAGUCCUGUAAUAAUGAGAUUCCUUGCGCAUCAGAUGCUGUAGUCUUGAAAUAUGACAAGCAAUUUGGUAGACAUGUUGUCGCUGCUCGUAACAUUGAUGCAGGUGAAGUACUUGUCGUAGAAAAGCCCUACUCGUUGCUGUUGACACAACAGAAGAGACUGACACACUGUUCAAAUUGCUUGAAAGUAUGUUGGGCUACUAUACCCUGCAAAAAUUGCACUUAUACCUUAUAUUGCUCAGAACAGUGCAGGGACAUCGAAUGGAGGAAGUAUCAUGACGUGGAAUGUGAUAUCUUCACUAUUAUGGUCCUUUGUGGCUUCUGUGAUAGUGACUUUCUCAGUUUGAGACUUGCUGUGCUUGCUGUGAAAGAGGCUGGUAAUAUAAAACGAUUGAGAACAAUGUUGAAAAAAAUUGAUGAAUCUGAUGAUCCAAGAACUAUGGGUUUCUCCUCAGACGGGAAAUUUUAUAGCGAUAAGUACAUCAGUCUGUACAGUCUGGAAAGAAGCACCGAAGAAAGACCGUUCCCUGAUCUUUUCCAGAGAUCCGUGGAUACUUGUUACAUUUUGUAUCAUCUAGCAAAGUCUACCCAAUUUUUCGGCAUUCAAUUAUCCAACAAUUUAAAAAUUCUGGCGAAAAACGACGACGUCACGUUCAUUGGUGGUCUCAUUUUGAGACAUCAGCAAAUAAUCCCGACCAAUGUCCACAGUUUCUGUGAAGAGCAAAAUUUAAAUAUGAUAGAACGUGGUAUGGCUGCAAUGCCUUUUUGUAGUCUAUUUAAUCACAGCUGUAGUCCGAACAUAAUCAGAUCUGCUAGACCUGAGCAUAUCAUUUUGUACGCUUUGUAUCCUAUUCGUAGCGGCGAGCAGCUUCUUGAUAAUUACGGAUAUCUCUAUGCUUUAAUGCCGAAAAUAGAAAGGCAAGAAAGUCUACUUAAGAGUUAUUUCUUCACCUGCAAGUGUAUACCUUGCCAGGAAAAUUGGCCCAUGUUGUUCGAAUUUGAAUCCUAUGAGACUCUAGCCAAGACAACAAAAGACAAGAAAGUGAUAAAGAACGCACUGAGGAAAUUUAAUAUAUACGUUGAUCUGGCGAGGAAGGGCGAUGUUAUGGAUAAGCCUUAUAUCAUCGAAGAUUUGUUAAUGAUGAUACGAGUGAUGUACAAGCGCGUGCCGGUUGCCUGCAAGGAGAUGGGUGAUGUUGUCGAAACUUUAAAACGGGUGCAUGCUUUGUACGGCAAUAGAUUCAUCUUACCAAAAAUACAGAAACGUGAUAUGUAAACGCGUACUUUUUUAACUUAGUAAUUUUCUUUAAUUAAUAAAAUAUUUUCUUUUUUGUUUCUUUAUCAUCUUGUUAACAGUAAUAAGCGCAUAUAUACAUGUGUAAAAAGUAUUACUUUAUUUUUUAUAGUUUUAUUUUUGAAAAUUUUAGAGAUUUUGAAAUUAAUAUAUUUUUAAUUUCGGAAAAGCUCUUAGUUCCUUGCUUCGGUCAUUAUCUUGAUUAACAACAUUUGCGAUAGAUUCAGCAGAUAUGUGAGAUAUUUUGAAAACUUACCUUCUACUCAAGUAAUCAAUAAGCAGCUGUAAAAUUGAUGUGACAUGUGAUCUAACUUUUUAUUAUAUUGCGUGUUGACG